AUGUUUUCAUCUGGAACAGGCAAAUGGAUCAUCUACAAGCUACCUUGCGAUAUUCCAAUCCGAUUGUGGAAUGUGGUCGGUCACCCAAUCUAUUGUUACGGGGCUCUCCAUUGGUUAGUUAGUUAUGAUGAGGGGAUUUAUGGCAUGCUUGCAUUUGAUCCUUACAAAGAUCCAAAAUCUGUUCGCCUAAUUCCACUCCCAGAUGACAGAGAUCUCCUGAGUAAGUAUUUAGACAGUUCUUCUCAAUUAUGUGGGGAGAGCCAAGGGACCCUUCGUUAUUUCGAGGUGGCUCAUGGUCGCAAGCAGUUCUAUUUGUUCAGCAUGUGGUCUAUGAAGGAUUAUGAGAAAGGAGAAUGGUGUUGUGAGUUUAAGGUGAGACGUAGCGAUCUUCAUUCUAACAAUCUGGAAUUGAGUAAUUGGUUGUUGGACGGAUGGUUUCUUCCUUUAUCGUUUCAUCCGUUGAAUCCAAAUGUUGUGUAUUUGUAUUGCAUGGAGCCUGAGCAUAUUGUGUCGUAUAAUAUUCUGAAUAGAAGGCUGGAUUUUGCUUGUAAACCGAUUGACCGCGGUCAAAGUCUUUGUUCUGUGAUCCCAUUUGUGUUACCAAGAUGGCCGGUGCUUGUUCCACCAAUUGCCACUGAUAAAAGCAAAUAG